UAACGUAUAAACUAUUGAAUGUACAUAUUUUGUUAUGGUCCAAGUUUACUUUAAAAUUUGCUUGCAUUUGUUGCGUUGGCUACAUUUUCGUUCGGACCUCUCAUAUAUAUGGCCCCAAUUACAUUUAAAAUUUCGCACCUUAUGUAUCAUAGGUUAAGUUUUCAUUGUAAGUGCUUUAUUAAGUUAGUUUUCAAUAAGAUAUUUCUUUAAAUGACUGUAGUUCACAGCCUGUAUUUUUUAAUUAAAAUAAAAAAAAAUUUUAUAUAUAUCAGAUAAUAACAAGUAUGGUGCAUUUGUUAUUCAAAUUUUUUUCAAUAGAUUCAUGACACAAAAGUUUGUUAUUUAACUUUUGAUUUAAUUAAUUUGAUAUGAACAUAUAAAAACUACCCAUUUGAGAUAAUAAAUAAUAUUUAAAAAAUGUCAAACAGUAUAACCUGGUGCUUCAUAAGUUAUUUAUUUAAAAAUAACCACAAAACUGGGAUUUACAGAUUUAUUAAAAAUUAUAAUACAACAAAUGUAUACAAUUAUCCACGUAAAUUGAAAAGUUCAAUCAGAGAAAGAAAGUUAUACAUGCCUGAAAGCAAUUUUACAAACACCGAAAUAAAUAAUCGAAUCGCUGAAAGGAAAAGAUAUAAUCAGCAUGAUGAUGAACUUGGAAUGAGUUACGCUAAAGCUGUAUUGACAUUAGUUAAAACUCUUGAUGUAACGAGAGACAAUGCAUUAAAAGUUGUUCGUAAAUGGAAAAGAUUUACCAAACUCCCGAGAACAACGAUAACUAAAAAUUAUCAAUUAUUACGUGUAGCUGAUGUUGAUAAAUCGACAUUGAGAAUUCAUAUGUAUGCAUUAGCUCACACUACUGAUGAUUUAAUUAAAAAAAUAUCAUUUAUCGAAAAGAUUAAAUUGGAUAUAAAUUCCUGUAUUCCGUUAUUACAAUUAUCAAUGACAAAAUUAAUAGCAUUGUCAUAUACUACUAAAAAUGAUAGAAUAGUUAAUCCGGAAUUCAAUAACAGAAUUGAAUAUAUGGCUAAAAAUUUCGAAUGUAGUAUAGAAGAAAUGUGUACUAUUUUAUUAAGAAAUAAAUUUAUGCUAACAAUAAGUAUGUAUAGGAUUAAGAAGAUUACUAAACUCUUACUUGAUGGAGGGUUUCUAGGAAGAAAUAUAAAACACGAUUUACAUGUUUAUAAACAUGGUAUAGAAACAAUAAAAGAACGAAUUGAACGAGUUAAACAUGCAGGUGUUAAAUCAUUGAAGCCGUGGAUUGUUCGUUGUUCACUUGAAGUGCUUGAAAGAGUUGAAGAAAAAUAUAUUGAUCGAAAUAAUUUCAAGGGACCUCAUGAACAAAUUUAUUAUUAUAUAAAUUUAUAUUAUAAUUGUGACAAAGAACUAAUUGAUGCAUUCAUUAAACGUGACCCUAAAUUGCUAAAGAUUAAUAUAAACAAUUUAGUUAAAAUAUUAAAAUUUUUACGUAGUAAAGGGUAUCAAUUUGAAGAAAUUUAUCGCCAGCCAACUAUACUUCACCGUAAAGAAGAAACACUGCGUGAAAGAUACGAUAAAUUGAUUCAGUGUCAUGUUAAUCAUCCACCAUUAAGAAUGAUUAUUUCACCUAAAUUUACUUCUCAAAUAAAUUUAAAUAAAAACGUUGAAUCACCCGAUUGAAUUGAAUAAUCAAGAUAAUUAAUUUUAUCAUUAUACUAAUUGAAUUGUACAAAUAAUUUAUAUAUUUUGAAUAAACAUUUUAA